GAGAGUCAGCAGAUUAUGCCCGUCGCAUUAAAUCUGCAAAUGUGGGGAAUUUACCUGCUGGUCUUGAACUGAUCUGGGAGAGACUAGAUACGACCUAUGGAUCUCCAGAAGCUAUAGAAAAGGCUCUCUUCACAAAAAUAGAGACUUUUCCAAAGAUAUCAGCUAAAGAUCACCAUAAGCUCCAAGAACUAGGGGACUUGCUUUUAGAGAUAGAAGCAGCUAAGAGUGGAGGUGAUCUACCUGGGCUCACUUAUCUAGAUACAGCCAGAGGUGUUAAUCCAAUUGUACAAAAGUUACCCUUUGGAUUACAAGAAAGGUGGAUGGUGCAAGGUUCACAUUACAAGUACACAUAUGAGGUCCCUUUUCCACCAUUCUCCUUCUUUGUUGAGUUUGUGUGUGCAGAAGCACGAGCACGCAACGAUCCGAGCUUCAACCUUUCUUCGCUCUCCAUAACCCCUGGUGGAAAGGACAGGUAUAGUGAAAGCCACAUCCAUGUUCAUAAACCUGUCUCAGUCCAUCAAAUGGAUGUGAUGCCCUCCAGCUUUACCAUGUCAAGAGUUUUUAGAGAGGAACCGAUGAUAUCGAUAAGCAAUGUCCAAUACAUCGUAAACCCCAUCCUCUCAAGAAAUGCAGAGGCUUCAGAGAGAAGCCACUGGAGGAAAAGAUAAGGAUUCUGAAGGAGCUGUCCAUUUGUUUUAGAUACUGCUCAUCGAACAAUUCAUCGCUAAGAAUUGUGAUGUGUCAAUCAAAUGCUCUGAGUGUGAGAGUGACAAACACUUGGCUGCUCUCCACCCAGGCCCACCACCAUGGCGUUCUGAUUCUACACCUCCUUCACAGCACGGCGGGGAGAGAGAAAAGUCCUGUGUUGGUGAUGUGUCAUCAAAGUGUACAAGGUUUGUGGCAAAGGGUUUAGUGAGAAAUCAUGCUCUAAAAUAUGCCUUGUGAAUGUUUAUCCUGAUGGAAGCCCUGACCAAAGCAAGCGGAUUUAUGCCAUCAUAGACGAGCAGAGCAACAGAUCUCUGGCGAGGUCAGAAUUUUUUGACAUGUUCAAUGUGCAAGGGACCUGUGCUCUAUAUACAUUGAAGACAUGAGCUGGAGUUGGCGAAGUAACUGGAAGAAGAGCGCAUGGGUUCAUCAUUGAGUCUGCAGAUGGUGAGAUCAGUUUUCCACUUCCUACUCUUAUCGAAUGCAAUAGUAUGCCAGACAACAGAGACGAAAUACCAACUGCUGUUGCUGCCCUGCAUCAUAGCCAUUUAAAAGUAAUAGCAGACAAGAUACCACCCAUUGAUCCAAAUGCUGAAAUACUGCUCCUGUUUGGAAGAGACAUAAUAAGGGCACAUAAAGUCCGCAGACAACUCAACGGUCCUCAUGAUGCACCGUAUGCCCAAAAAUUGGACCUUGGUUGGGUCAUUGUGGGAGAUGUGUGCCUCGGGAAGUGUCACAAGCCCUCUCCGGUCAACUGCAUGAGAACACAUAUCUUAGAGAAUGGUAGACCAAGCCACUUCAGUCCAUGCAAUAAUCACAUUGUACUGAGAGUAUGCUGUAAGACGUUUUAUGUCUCUCCGUCGCAACCUUGACAGACGGCCAAAGAUAAGAGAUGAUUUCACAGAAUUCAUGCAGAGAAUUCUCGACAAUAACCACACAGAGCUAGCACCUCCUUUACGGGAUGGCCAGGAGUGCUGGUAUCUUCCAUCGUUUGGAGUGUACCAUCCCAAAAAGCCAGAGCAAAUACGAGUUGUAUUUGACUCUAGUGCAGAGUUUGAUGGUAUAUCUCUUAAUGACAUACUGCUGUCUGGGCCUGAUCUUAAUAACAGCCUGUUAGGGGUCCUCUUGAGAUUUCGAAAGGAUCCUGUUGCCAUCACAGCCGACAUACAGCAGAUGUUUCACUGCUUCUUGGUUCGGGAGGACUAUCGUGAUGUUUUGCGCUUUCUGUGGCAUCGUGACAACGACCUAACUAAGGAGGUCGUGGACUACAGGAUGCGAGUUCACGUAUUUGGCAAUAGACCUUCACCAGCGGUGGCCAUUUAUGGAAUAUGCCGAGCUGCCACAGAAGAAGAAAAGGAGUACGGUAGUGAUGUGAGGAAAUUCAUUGAACAAGAUUUUUAUGUAGAUGAUGCCUUAAGGUCAUUUCCUACAGAGGAGGAGGCAAUCGAUGUACUCAAAAGGGCACAAGAGGCACUUGCAGUCUCAAACCUCAGACUCCAUAAAAUCGCUGCGAACAGAGCCAAAGUAAUGGAUGCCUUUCCAAAUGAAGACUUGGCAAAGGACAUCAAAAACUUUGGCCUUUCCACGGAUGAGAAGUCUGAGCAUUCCACAAAUGUAUGUAUCCAUUCCUCUUUCUGGAGCCAAACACACUGAAAUAUGUGUCUUUUCAGAUGCCUCCAUGAAAGCUAUCUCAGCUGUAGCAUACUUGAGAGCCUCUGAUCAGAAAGGCAACACAGAAGUUGGCUUUAUCCUUGGCAAAGCAAGGUUGACUCCAAAGCCUAAUCUCUCUGUACCUAGGAUAGAAUUAUGUCCUGCAGUCCAAAGGAGAUUAAUCUAAAACCGGACAGAAUAAGGUUCUACACAGAUGGUAAAGUGGUGUUGGGCUACAUCUAUUAUGAGGCCAGACGGUUCCAUGUAUAUGUGAGCAACAGAGUGCAUCGCAUCAGACAAUCUACUCAGCCUGAACAAUGGAGGUACGUUUCCUCUGAGCAAAAUCCUGCCGAUCAUGGCUCUCAUUCUGUUUCAUCUGCCAAGCUUGAGACCACAACCUGGCUCACAGGACCCUCAUUUUUGCACUAUCCAUCAGAGCCGCCUUUCAAUUGCUCGCACUCAUACGACCUUGUUGACCCAGAGGAAGAUGUUGAAAUUCGCUCAGAGAUUCAUGUCUUCUCUACCCACGUCAAAGUGGAUCAGUUAGGGACCAAAAGAUUUUAGCAAUUCUCAAACUGGACAACAGUCGUCAGAGCUGUCGCUCGACUGCAUCACGUUGCCCAUUGUUUCACUAAACCGAGUGAUGCUAGUCAGUGCACUGGUUGCCAUUUGUGCUCAAAGGGCCUAUCUGUAAGCGAUCUUCUGAAAGCUGAGGAAAUAAUUAUCAAGAGUGUACAACAUGAAGUGUAUCAGGAGGAGCUGAAAUUCAUCACUUCCACAGGUGAAAUUCCCGCACGUAGUUCACUUUUAAAGCUGAAUCCAAUCAUCGACAACGAUGGGUUGCUAAGAGUUGGCGGAUGCACUACUGGUCAGACAUUUUCAUGAACGUGUGCAGCAUCAGGGUAGACAUCUGACUGAGGGCAACAUAAGGUCUAAUAGCUUUUGGAUAAUUGGGGCCAAGCGAUGCAUUAACAGUAUCAUCCAUAAAUGUGUCACCUGCCGUAAACUAAGAGGCAAAAUAGAGGAACAACAGAUGGCCGACCUUCCCGCGUAAAGACUGCAGAUGGAUCCACCGUUUUCCUAUGUUGGCUUGGAUGUGUUUGGGCCAUGGGAGGUGAUCACACACUGCACAAGGGGUGGCCAAGCCAAUAGCAAGAGGUGGGCAGUGUUAUUUACUUGUAUGUUUACCAGAGGAGUUCACAUUGAGGUGAUUGAGUCAAUGACUUCUUCAAGUCUCAUUAACGCUCUCAGAAGAUUCUUUUCUAUUAGAGGUCCGGCCAAGCAGCUGCGCUCCGACUGUGGGAUGAAUUUCGUUGGUGCCUCUAGAGAGCUUAAAAUGAGUGAGAACGAACAAACAGCAGUGAGAGAAUACCUCCUUGAGCGAAGAUGUUCCUGGGUCUUCAAUCCACCACACUCUUCUCAUAUGGGUGGCGCCUGGGAACAUAUGAUUGGAAUAACGAGACGAAUCCUGGAUUCAAUGCUCCUGAAAGACAGGUACACACAACUUACCCAUGAAGUCUUAGUGACAUUCAUGUCUGAAGUGACAGCCAUCAUUAAUGCACAGCCUCUAGUCCCAGUCUCCACAGAUCCUGAAUUCCCUUUCAUCCAAACACCUUCUAUGCUUCUGACACAAAAAGCUGGUAAUCUCCCAACUCCACCAGAAGAUUUCAGCAAGAAGGAUAUGCUCCAGUGCCAGUGGAAAAGGGUCCAAGCCCUAUCAGAAACAUUCUGGAAUAUGUGGAGGAAGGACUAUCUUGGAACUCUUCAGAGCCGUCGCAAGUGGUUUCACAAACAUCGAAACAUCAAAGAAGGUGACAUUGUUCUGCUCAAAAACAAACAAGUCAAAAGGAAUGAGUGGCCAAUGGGGAUAAUUGUGAAGGCUAUUCCCAGUACAGAUGGUCUAGUGAGGAAAGUGGAGGUGAAAACUGUUCAGCACAGGACAACAAAAGUUUAUCACAGACCCAUAUCCGAAUUAGUAUAUCUCCUUUCCUCAGACCAGACUAUGUAGUCUAGUAACUGUUAGUGUUAAUGGUAUCUUUAAGAUACCAGACGGGGAGUGUUCUGGCUCUGCCUGUUUUAGCUUGUUUUUUGCACCCCCUACUGGUCAUUUUGUAUUCUACCGCUUGAAUUUGUGUUAUUCAGUUUGCGGGUUCAGAAGAAUAGUGUGCACAGCACAUGAUAGUGAAGUUUUUUGUUGUUGCAUCAUUCCAUCAUUAACGCCACUUAACGAGGCACUGCCUCUAAGUAAAGUUUGAUUAUUAUUGAUUUAUGUUAUUCUGUAUGUUCAUCAAGGAUUACAUAUGGAAAUAGUCAUUUUCUUAAUACAUGAAAUACGUAGUUCUGUUUAUAUUGUAAAAUCUUUGAACUGCUUUAGCUCAUAUUAAGCAUUUAUCUCCCAGUCAUUUGUUGUGUAAACAUUUUGCAUAAUUAUCUCAUGUUGGAUAAAAUUGGACUCAACAUUUUUCAUGUAACAGUUUAUUUAUACAAUCUCUGUUUAUUUUACAGUUUUACACAUUUUACUCAGUAAAUCAUCUGAACUGCGAUUUCAUGGUGUCAAGUCCGUUUAUUGAGUAGAAGUGUUUAGCUUGCUGGAUAUAAAGCCAGUAUAGAUCCAGAUGGAUCCGAUUUAAAUGUCAGUACAGAUCAUUUUUCACACAAUCCAGAUUGCUGGUGCAUGUGAUCCUGAAAGAGUGGAGGUGGGGCAGCAAGAGAGGACAGGAGAAGAUGAGGCAGAAAGAAAAAUAGAUGACAAAGACCAGAGAGGACAGGGGGAGCAGCAUGAAAUAGGACAGACUGAGAGGAGGGACAUGCAGGAGAUUGAGAUAGAGGCCCAGGAAAACAGAGGAGAGAGUGAGAGAGUGGACUGAUGUACACAGAAGAGAUGGAGGCAGACAAGAAGAGAGAACAGACAGAGGAACUGGGAAAAAAAGAGAUUGAGGCGAAGAAGAAAGCAGUAGCAGCAAACAGCUUCUAGCCCCUCGGACAGCAUGCCAGUGAUUUCAAAGGUCAUGUCAAUCUCCACUCCUAAAAG